GCCGCACCUGCAGACCACUCAAGCCGUCAAGGUACCGUACACAGGGGUUCAUGGUGGUUCAUGGUGGACUCGUGGCAUUGCAUCUUCCUCAAAUACAAGCAACUUCCGCUAGCUCAGCAACCUCUCGAAAGGAGGACGGAGAGCGCAAGCUGCGUGCUUAUCAGGUUCAAAGUGCCGUCUGCGGGGAGGUUGUCGGUGGGAGCACAGUCAGCUUGCAGGAUUUGUUCUGGGUUUGAAGAACGCGCUUCCCAGAUUUCCAUCUCAACACUUUGUGAGUUUACUUAGAUCUCAAGAGCUGCACCUAAGCAGGAGGACUUUUAGAACCCCUGUGGUGCCCCAGGCGCUCGGCUGGAGGGAUGGAUGUUACGAUGUAACCAUCAGAGUAUCCUAGCUCGGCCUCUGGGCCAGGGCACCUCAAGAAAAGCCUGUUGGAGAAAGGAUUAGCUCCAAGCCUUUAGCCUUGUGCCAGGCGUGUUGCCUAGAGACUAGUUUAAUAGCGGAGGGUGGGGCCUCGCCAGCAGUCUAGCCUUUGUCCAAUAUGGGGGCAGGUUUAGAAGUUCUUCUAUCGAGGUACCUUUCUGCGGACCCAUGAUUGGUCCAGGCAAAACUCGUGGGGCUUUGCCUCUGAGCUGUGACAAGAGUGUCGCGCUUGGCAUUGUCUGUGUACCCCAGAGUUCCGCAGGAGGCAGCAGGUCUGGAGUCAGCAACAGCAGCAAGGAGUGGGCCUGCCGUGUUGCGGCGGGGCCUCGGCAUGGCUCCAGACCUUUCUGGACCUGUUAUCUCGAUGCCUAUGAUGUCGCCCGCGCUGGACCAGGUUGGACAGGAGCUCAAGUGGCAGCGGCAGGUUGGUCGCCGGCGGAUUUUCAUCCAGACUGAGUUUGGCGAUGUGCUGGGCCUUGAGGUGGACCGCGCAGAGAAGGCUGGCUCACUCAAGAAGAAGCUCCAGACUGCAUUCAACAUUCCCACCGAGCAUAGCGAGCUCGUGUGCGGGGACCUGGUGCUCGAGAAAGAACUUACGGAAGUCAGGCGGGAUGCCCCUGUCCUGCUCACCAGGGGGGGGUUGUCUCGCUCUCAGAGCAGCCCCUGCUUGACCCCCCCGUCGGCUCGAUCGUUCCUGAAGCAGGACCAGGGAAAAGUGAUUGAGGUCGUGGGGGGCGGGAGCUGUGCUGGAAAGCUGAAGAAAGUGCUGAGGGAGGCGGUGAAAGCGAUCGACGGCGGCGUCAUUCCGGUGCGCACGACGGGGGGCCUCGGGGGGGCGUAUCUGCUGCAGAAUACAAGGGGGGAUUGCCUGGCGAUUCUGAAACCGGGGGAUGAGGAACCGUUGGCCCCCAACAACCCCAACGGUUUUGUGGGGCGGUCUCUGGGGCAGCCUGGCUUGAAGAAAGCAAUUCGAGUGGGGGAGGCUGCCGUCCGAGAAGUUGCGGCAUAUCUUCUAGAUCAUGGGGGCUUUGCAAAUGUCCCUGAGACCGUGCUGGUCAAGUGCACGCACUCGUGCUUCCAUCUAAACAGCCCGCGCUCCCUCGGGCCUGGAAAAGGCUCUUUGCCGGUGACGAAGCUGGGGUCGUUUCAGGAGUACAAGGAGCACGACUUUGACUGCAGCGAGCACGGCACGUCGCGCUUUCCGGCGUCCGAGGUGCACAGGAUCGGGAUCCUGGACGUACGGCUGCUUAACCUGGACCGCCAUUCAGGAAACAUUUUGGUGCGAAAGCUGGGGAGGAAGGAACUAGAGGCAAGGCGUUCGGAAAUGGGGAGAGAGGCGACCGUGGAUGCGGGCGUGGAGCUGAUUCCCAUUGACCAUGGGUACUGCCUACCCGAGAUGCUGGAGGCGGCCUACUUUGAGUGGCUACACUGGCCGCAGGCGUCGCUGCCCUUCUCGGAGGAGCACCUUGCGUACAUUGCUGCGCUGGACCCGGCCCGCGACGUGGAGCUGCUGCGGCGGGAGCUGCCGAUGCUGCGCGAGGCGUGCCUGCGCAUCCUGCACCUCUCCACGCUCUUCCUCAAGCGCGCCGCAGCCAUGGGCCUCACGCUUGCUGAGAUUGGUGCCAUGAUGAGCCGCGAGUGCGCGGGGCUGGAGGAAGAAGCGAGCGAUUUUGAGCUGGUGUGCCAAGCGGCCAAGCAGCGCCUGGAGGAGGACCUCGCCGCGUUUCGCCCCGAAGACCUCGCCUCCGACCACUUCUCCUCGGAGGGCCUCGACGACUUCCGCGACGAGGAGCUGUCCAGCGUCCAGUUCGACAUGGACGAGGACGACACGUGGCACUCCUCCCUCUCCCCCCGCUCCGUCUCUGGGGGCCAGCUGUCACCCCUUGCGUCUUCCCGGGGGACGUUUUCGUACUCUCCCGCGUCCCCCUCCGCCGGUGACAGCCGCGCCUCGAGCACUUCGCCGUUCAGCGGGGGCUUUGCAAACACGACGCCCCCGCCGGGAAGGAACGCGCAGUCGCCCCCCCAGAGGAGCUCCGGGCUGACCACCCCGGCAUCGCGGAAAGUCGGUUUCAACGCCCCCCUGUUGCGCCUGGAAGAGAUGGAGCCGCUGAGGGAGGCGUCUCCGCCUGUAUCGUCGAGCGUGUGCCACAGUGCCAUGGGGCUGGGGAGCUCGAUCUUCAACCGAAAGGGGGGGCAUCCGUUCGGUCGUAGCACCAGCUCGAGGAACCCCCACGGGCUGAAGUCGACGGCGGUGCGACGUGAGACGGUGCUCAACAUUCAGGGCGGGGCGAUCUCGUCUCCGUACGCAGCACACGAAGUUGUGGACCAGCCAGGGGCGGAGGGGCCCUUGAUCCUCUCCAACAUCCCGUCGCGGGCAUGGCCGACCUUCCUGCAUUACUUUUGUGAGCUGAUUGACGAUAGUCUGGCUCAGCGCCGCCGCGAGAGCAACUUGCGGAUGGCGCGCCUAGGAACCUCCUGCAAGUUCUGAUGUAACAGUAUGGCAUCCAGUUUGUUGUCGGGUCAAAAAGGACGGGCAUGUAGCUUGGAACGCCUGCAGGAAGUCUCCCGAAAUGCACGGCGUGCAUUAGUUUCUUCUCAUUGUAUUUCUAACUGAUAUUGAUUGGGUUCGUCGUGAACGUGGGCAAGAAGUAGGGAGUCGUUUGCAGCGCAGAAGGAGUUGAGUCGAAGUUGUAAUAACGUACAGAUCAUGUAGGUCGAGGGAUAGAUUAGCUGAGUCUACAUUUUGGGUCUCGAGAACGUGACUAAGAGUUCCCGCAAUGUAUAAGCUGACUCACUAGCUGUCCAUAUUGAGGUAUUUGGCAUUGGCCGUCGUUAUCUUCCUUUUGCCACACUUAGCAACGUAAUUGUUGGUUUAGGCAUUAUCAGU